GUGUUGGGGUGCUGCCCUCGGGAUGCCCCCGGACGGUGCCCUGGGGGAGCUCCGCUCCUGUUGGCAGGUCCCGGCCAUUGCCCAUUUCUGCUCCUUGUUCCGCACGGCUUUCCAGCUGCCCGACUUCGAGAUAGAGGAGUUAGAGGACGCCUUGUACCGAGAUGACGUGGAGUUUCUCAGCGAGCUGUUGGCCAGUCUGCUCCAGGGCUGUUACCAGCGUCGGGACAUCACGUCCCAGACGUUCCAGGUUUACUUGGAGGACAUCAUCAGCUACCGCUGGGAGUUGGAGGAAGGCAAGGCCAACCCCCUAAAGGGCACCAGCUUCCACGCGCUGCCGCUGAGCACGCGGCUCGAGAUUCUGCAUCGACUCUGUGACUAUCGGCUGGAUGCGGAUGAUGUGUUUGACCUGCUCAAGGGCCUGGACGCGGACAGCCUGCGCGUGGAGCCCCUGGGUGAAGACUCCGUCGGGAAUCUUUAUUGGUAUUUCUACGGGACCCGACUGUACAAAGAGGAGCCUUCCUGGGAAAAGAGGCAGCGAGCCCUCCAAGAAGCAGCCAAAAUCGCAGAGACACCUGUAAGAAAAAGGGGGCGUCCACCCAAGAAAAAGAAAUUGGUGGAGGAAGUGCCAGCCAGCGAGAAGAAGGUAGAGGUCGUUCAGCCGGCUCUGGAAGAACCACCGAGCAACAAUGCCUCGUCUCCUGGCCAGGGCUCGUGGUCCCUCCUGUGCCAGACGGAGGAGGAAUGGACGAAGGUCACCGAGAGCUUCAGGGAGAAGUCCUCCCCGAAAGAACGUCACCUGUACAAGAUUCUGAGCGAGGAAUUCCUGCCUGAGAUCUGCAACAUGAUCUCUCAGAAGGAGAUGAGGAUCCAGGAAGAACAGGCUCAGUUUGCGUCCAAGAGUCUAGCUGACCGUGGAGGCCACAGGACUUCCAGACAGGAGGGGCAGAAAUCAGACAGAAGUUUAGAGGAACAAGAAGAGGAGAGGCAGCUGCUGCUGGUGGUUCAGAGGAAGGAGCAGGAGCUCCUUCAGAAAGAGGAGAGGAAGAGAGCCCUGGAGGAGAAGGUGAAGUCCGUGGAAGAGCGUGCGCGCCGCAGGAAACUAAGAGAGGAACGCGCCUGGCUUUUGUCGCAGGGAAAAGAUCUGCCCCCGGAGCUGACCCACCUGGAGCCCAGCUCCCCCGUCCAAAUGGACUACAAGAACAGGGACCUAUUUAGCUUUGAACUGGACGAUCAUUACACGGCUAUGUACAAAGUCCUGGACGCCGUGAAAGCCCACAAGGAUUCAUGGCCGUUCCUGGAACCUGUGGAUGAGUCAUACGCCCCGGAUUAUUACAACAUAAUCACGUGCCCGAUGGACCUCUCCAGGGUGGAGCAGAGACUGUGCUCGGGAUACUACCUCACCAAGGAACAGUUCAUCAACGACGUGAAAACGAUAUUCAAGAACUGUGCCAGAUACAACGGGCAGGACAGUGAAUACACCCGCAUGGCCGAAAACGUGGAGCGCUGCUUUAACAAAGCUCUGCUGAAGCACCUCCCCGAGGACGACGCCGAUUCGGAUGGAGAGACCUGGAUUCGGGCCGACAACAAGGAAAAACCCCAGAAGAGACGGAGCCAGGCAAGCCGCUCGAAGGCGAGGGGCUGGAGGAAGAGCAGAGAAGAAGGUGGCAAGAAGAAGCAGUCCCCCGACGGGGGGAGACACCAGCCGCCUUCUCCUAGACGGACAGAUAGUGACGAUAAUCUGGGUCCGCGCAUGUUGAACUUGAACAAAGGCCAGCCGUAUCCUCACCCUCUGCAGUAUGGAGGCAUGCCAAGGCAGUCGCUUCACCCUGGAGGCAUGCCUUCGGCUUCCAGCAUGCACGCCCCCCUGAGAGGCUCCGACACCGGCUUAGGGUACAGACCCUUAAGAUUUCCCGAGCCGCGCCUUGGGGAUCCUAUUCUCCAAACGCAGACCUACAGCAUGCAGGCUGUCCCUCGCAUGGCGGACGUGUGCGUCCCUAGACUGCCGGGCAACACUCCGAUGGAUUAUAGAGCUUCCCAAGGACCCCACAAUGGUCCUGUGUCUCCGAGGACCAGAGCUGCUUUGCAGGAAGGCAAUAUGCAACCCCAAGCGCCAUAUCCAAUGGGAUACAUGCCACAGGCAGCACCCCCUGGCCCAAAUACUAGAGUACCCCCUCCCGGCCACGUCUAUCCACCCUAUAGAUAUGGCCCCCCACCUGCUGCAUGGAAUCCCAACAACCCUCAUGGCCCGGGUCAAAGGACAGGAACGCACCCCUUCCCACCCCCCGUGGACCCUCGUAUGGUUAGACCAACUGGACCCAACUAUAACGGUAGGCUCGCCUUCGGCUCUCCGGGAAAUUCUAUGAUGGACAGUCCAGAAAUGAUGGCUAUGCAGAGACUUUCUUCCCUUGCGUGCCCUCCAAGCUCGGGCUAUCCCUCCCAUCCAGCCCCCCAGCAAUACAAACAUUUGGAGAACCACAACGCACCCAUGGCCUACCCACCUACGGACAAUCCCCAAAUGCCUUACCCAACUGCAGAAAAACUAAGUGCCUACCCACCCACAUCGAAGCCAAGCACACCCAUGCCUUACUCGCCAUCGGAGAGACCUGUCGCACCCAUGUCUUACCCCCUCACUGAGGAGCCUGGGCUUACCGUCCCGUACCCACCCGUGGAGAAGCCCGGAGCUUCUGUGCCCUGUCCAUCCACAGAGAUACCCAACGCUGCCGUGCCCUAUGCACCAGAGGAGAAACCUGUUGCGCCAACGCCGCACCUUGCCGACAGACAGUCCGACAAAAACAACGGAUCAGAUGUACAAGCAACCGCUGCAUCGUCGGAAGAGAAAGAUACAGACUUAGGUGGUAACACUGCAUCUUCAGCUCCUUCAUCAUCUCCGGCGGCCUCGUCACCGACCCCAGUCCUACCAUCGCCUCAUCCUCAGCAAGUUAAUGGGGAAAACCAAAAACCCUGCUCCCCGCAGGACCCACCUCAACCGUCUGACCAUUCAGCACCUGGUGUUUUCCAAGAGGGCGAGAAGCCAUCGUGGUGCGCGGGCGCCGGUGCUAACGGUGAUCCGGCGUCUAUCGUUGGCCCCACGAAUGGUGUCGAUGGCAGAGCUGGGCCGGAAGGGAAAGCAGAAGGGGCUCGAUUGAAGGAGUCUAUGGAAAGUACAUUAAAAUCAGAGUCUCGGUCUGUGCCUCCACCAGAGAUGCUACACCCACAGCCAAUUGCAGCAGGCCCAGAGACCAGGGGCAACUACAGCUCCUUGGUGGCAGGUGGCACCCCCAAACCAGCGUAUGGUAUGCAGCAUCACCCAGGUGGAGAGAGGCCUCCAGGGCCACAUCCGCUAGGAUUUCCCCCUCAAAGAUUUGGAAAUGGGCACCCGCAAUCCCCCCAUGGCAUUUAUCCUAGGUACCAGCACCAAGGGGCACCUUCUGGGUAUCCGCAGCCAAUGCAGCAUUCCUACCAGAGUUACCAGCGACCUCCCUACUACCCCCAGGAAUACCCCCGUUGGCAGGGUAAUGUGCACCAGCCUCCUCCACAGAGGGGCGGCUACACGGGCGCACUUGGAGUCCAAGGAAUUGCGGAGCUGAGAAGUAUCCUCGUGUCCCCUCUUCUAGAGGGUGAACCCAAGGCCGUUCCGGGUGAAAGCAGGUCGCAGACCGAUGAGGAGUCAGAAGGAGCCUCAGACAGAACCGAGAGCCCCAAACAGUUCCUGGAUCUGGACAGCCAUAAGAGACAGAGCGGGAGUUUUGCGUACGGCAGCCCUCAAAUGUGGGGCAAUCCCAACUUCCGUCCGCACGGAAAUAUGAUGUCACAGCAGCCUUACCCACCGCAGCAACACUACCAGCCUCACGGCUACCAGCAUUCUCCUCUGCGGCCUCCGCACCACUCGGCUCCUGGGCAGCCUAAUGGCCACGCUCCGCUAAGGUCCGGCUACCAGCUUCCGGAGCACGGCAGGGGCCAUUUCCAAGCUGUAAUGAUGGAGCAAAGUGCGGGCAUGCCGUCGUUUCCAGACAUGUACAGACCCCAAGAGUGAGUAUGUAGCAGCGGGACAGUGUAUAUGUACCAAAAAGUCCAUAUUACUAGCGUAGGCUGCUAUUAU